AUGUCGAGCGUUGAAGAUUUCUCCUACAUCGCCGACUCUUGCCGGGAACAGGCUAACACGACAAGCAGAGACUUGCUGGACUCGCCACCAGCUGCGAAGAAGAAAAAAGUGAUCAAUCUCCGUCAGUAUGCUCGUCAGCCUGGCGAGGGGAUCAAACAGGAAAUCAAAGAGGAGUACAAAGAAGAAAAAGAAACAAGCCCCAAGAAGAAAAUGAAACCCAAGAAAGCAAAAACACUUUAUGAAGACAAAAACCUCGCCUGGAGAAAAGAUCCCAGCGACUUUGAAUCGUACCCAUUCUGCGCGUACUUCGGCGAUCAAGUUCCUCCAAAGAAGAAAAGCGUCAUGGUUCAUGCUGGCCGAGCACUUUGGAUCAGAAAGACAAUGGAUCAAGACCAGCAAAUCUAA